UUGUUGAGACAAGAGAUACGCAGCCAGAGAGAGAGGAAAGAGUCCACUUUGAACACUGGACCAAGACCCUCAAAGGGUCCGAUGUUUGCUUUGGAUAUGAGCUCAUGUUUGGGGGACAAGAGGAAAAGUUUGGGCUGAUGCCGGCCGAUGACGUCCUGUGGGCACGAUCUGGCGCACAGCCAUGGAACUGUCGCGAAAGCUGCAGUGGAUCCGCGAACGGCCCUGGAGGGCCCGGGCCCGUCACAGGAAGUUCAACAGAGUGUCCUCCCGCUUCCCAGACAUCAUGGCUGCUGGCACUCAUUCUCCUGGAGGGCCCAAUGGCAUCAUCAGGAGCCAGUCGUUCGCCGGCUUCAGCACCCUGCAGGAGAGACGCUCACGGUGUAACUCCUUCAUGGGGAACUCAGCAGUGCAGAAGAAGCCCAUUUCAAAGCCCAGGAAGCCCCAUCUGUCCGGGCACAAGUCCAGCAGCAGCAGCAGCUCACGAGAGCCACAGCCCAAAAGAGUGGAAGAAGUUUACGGAGCCCUCAAACAAGGCCUGGAUGAAUAUCUAGAGGUGCACCAAACAGAGCUGGAUAAACUCACUUCCCUCAUGAAAGACAUGAAGAGGAACUCCAGACUGGGUGUGCUGUAUGAUCUGGACAAGCAAAUCAAGACCAUAGAGCGAUACAUGCGACGACUGGAGUUCCACAUCAGCAAGGUCGACGAGCUGUACGAGGGCUUUUGUAUUCAGAGAAGGUUGCGUGAUGGUGCCAGUAAGAUGAAACAGGCCUUCACUGCUUCACCCUCCACUAAAGGCACACGUGAGAGCCUGGCGGAGGUCAACCGCAGAUACAAAGAGUAUACAGAGAACAUGAGCACUUUUGAGGCCGAGCUGGAGAACCUGUUGGGGGAGUUUCAUAUCAAAAUGAAAGGAUUGGCUGGUUUUGCCAGACUUUGUCCCGGCGAUCAGUAUGAGAUUUUCAUGAGAUAUGGCCGACAGCGGUGGAAACUGAAGGGGAAGAUCGAAACGAACUCCAAGCAGAGUUGGGAUGGAGAGGAGAUGAUCUUCAUGCCCCUCAUUACAGACCUCAUCAACAUCAAGGUGACGGAGCUAAAGGGGUUGGCCACUCACAUCUUAGUGGGUAGUGUGAUCUGUGAAACCAAGGACCUGUUCACCGCUAUGCCUCAGGUGGUAGCAGUAGACGUCAACGACCUGGGAACCAUUAAACUUAACCUGGAGGUCGCCUGGUUUCCGUUUGACGUAGAGGAUCUGACACUGUCCUCAGGAAACGUGAGUAAAGCCACCGCCCUUCAGAGACGAGUUUCAGUGUACAGCCAAGGCACACCCGAGACGCCCACUUUCCAGGACACGUCUUUCUUUAAGUGGCAUCCUCGGCGGUGGGAGGGUCAGCGUCUCUCAUUCUUGCACACGCUCCGAGAGACGCUCUUAGAGAAACUCAGACGCAGUCGCUCUUUUGGCGAUCUGGCUGCGCUGAGACCUCGCUCAAGGUCCAGUCUGGAGGUCUACGUGAGUCAGUCCACUUUACCAGACGACGUCUUCGAGAACGGAGGCUGCGGUGUGGCCGAAUGCAAGCGCCUGUCCUUCACCUUCUCUGACACGCCCACCUCAAGCCCCGCCCCCAUCCAGUCAAACCCUGAGAUCACAGUCACGCCCCCUGAGAUGGACCCUCCCUCUGAACCGGCUCCAGUCUCUGAGGACCAGCCGGUUGAGGAGGAGGAGGAGUGUGUGGAGGAAGACUGCGGCAGUGUCAGCGUCAGCGAUCCAGACCUGGAUUGGGACCAGGCUGAGGCCCAGGGGCACGGCGCAGGCUCGGCGGCCCACUCGCUGUGCUCCGAGAGUCAGCUGUCUGCGGUGGGACCCGAGGAUGUGGUGUUCUUAGAGCCCAACAUGCCUGAUGAAGCCCUGGAGCUGAAGCCAGUGGAGCUGGACGGCGAGGAAGGCAGUCUGACCAGGCAGCUGGUGAGGAGGCUCACCUCCUCUGACAUGCUGCCCGAGGCCAACACUGUGAGCUGGUCUGGAGAGAGCAGCAGGACCUUUCAGGAGAGCAGCCUGGAGGAGGCCAUUCAGUCCCUGCUCCUGCGGCUGGAGAGCUUAGGCCAGCGCUGCGGGGAGCUGCAGGACUUGGAGCAGGAGGUCAUGAGACUCGAAGACCUGCUUAAGUGUCGGGUACCUGCUCAUAGGAGCCGUUCAUCCAGCCUCAGUUUGACAGUGGAGAGCGCUCUGGAAAGUUUCGACUUCCUCAACACCUCUGACUUUGAUGACGAUGACACAGGAGACGAUGCUGCCACCCUCUCACGCACUGUCUUCUUUGACAUGGAGUCAGAGAGAAUCGGGUCAGGACAACAUCCAGAAGCAAGAGGCCACCUGAGUGAAGCCCUCACAGAGGACACUGGUGUGGGGAACAGUGUGGCCGGCAGCCCGUUGCCUCUCACCACAGGAAACGAAAACCUAGACAUGGCCAUUGUUGUUCAUCUACAAUACUGCAGUCAUCUCAUUCAGUUGUUGACCUCAGGAGGAAGCCAGUCGCAGCACAAGACAUACCUGCACAAACUAACAACUCAAACACUUCUGUUGGAGGAGCUCAGUGAGAAAAACUUUGACAGACCGGGGAGCUGCAUUUCCGUGUCUGAUGUGUUGCCUGGGCUGGUGGAGCAUCCGGCGCUGAUGUCUCUGUGGUCUGACUGCAGUGGUGGUCUGUUUCAUACUACACUGGACCGAGUGCUGAAGCACAUGCAUCUCGGCUUUGCCUUACCACUGCAAGAGAUUCUGCCUCACUCCCCUGACUCAGUGAUCAGGAUGGUGGUGAAUGAGAUGAUGGACAGGAGCGAGCUGGCCUCUUCCUUGUGUCCAUCUCUGUCCCCUCUGGCACAGGAUGUCCUCACUGUGUUUCAGUUUCACCACUACACUGUUGAACACGAUGUCACGGACAUGGAGCGACACCUGCUGGAUUUAGCCAAAGAGGUCAUGCUUGAAGAAGCCCUGAGCUGUGGGGAUACAGAACAUUGUGUGAAGGAACUGCAGGAAGUGUCCGUCAUGUGUCUCCAGCCCCGCCAUCAAACCCUGUGGGCUGUGGCUGGGCUGUUGACCUCUGAUGACCCUGAUGUGAUGAAGGCCGCUACAGCCUUCCUCUCCUCUGCUGCCUCACACAAACCCUUCAGGUCAAAGGCUGUUGAUUGUUACACACAAGCCUUAUCAGAAGUAGACAGAUCAAGAGCUGCAUGUGCUGCUUUGAGCUGCCUGCAGGCUGUGGAGAGCAUUGAUGCUGUGGUGUUACUGUGUGACUCAGCAGAUGAAGAUCUCCGCCAGAUUGCCAUAGAAACCCUUCUCACUUUCGGUGAAGACGGGCGGCUGGCAUACGAGCAGUUGGACACAGUGCCGAGGGAGAUGGUGCGGCUGGGGACUCGCCGCGGUAACGCUGUUACCACUUCAUUUUAAAAAAACGACUCGUUAUCCCUCCUGUGACCCCGCACACUUCAGACGUGAAGUACACACCACCUGCUAACAAGAGGAAAAGUGAAGCUUGGCCUUGAUUUAGGCCCAUAUCUUGAGACCUUCAUCACAGAUUCUCCUUUCCUGCAGGAUGUUUGCUACUCGUGUCACAGUGGUCAUGAGUCAUUGUUGCUGAUUAAACAAUAAGAGUGUUAAUAUUGGAAGUUAGUUAUUUGCAGAUUGCAGUUGCACUGUUGGAGGCGUGUAAAUAGAAAGCAAAUCCUAUUUUAAUUUUGUCCUGGAAUUUUUAGUUUUUCCUCUGUACGUGCCGUUCCGUUUCAGGGAUUAUAAGGGACUGUUUUAAUGCUCCCCGCUUGAGUUUUUUUUGACCUGGACGGAGUCUGUAACCUCUGGGAAAGGAAAGAUUUUGUGUGCUGUUUGAACCCAGCCGGUAAUAUGGACUACUGAAAUAACCGGUGUGGGCGGUGGACUUGUACAUCGCUUGCUUGCCUUCACUGGUCAGAAGAAAAUAUUUCUAUGGACGGAGCCUGUAGUGAACACGUACAUUAACACGGUACUAAUGUCUGAGCGCAUGGGAUCUUACAACAAGCGCUGUUUGGAGCCCGUCAGAGUAUAUGAAAAUGCACUUUUACACUAUAUUAAGUCAGAGAAGCGUGAUGCAUAACUGUGAAUUUUUGGUUUGUACGUAAAUGAAGACUGGAAGUAUAUUUUGCUCUGUGAUCCGAACUCGCUUCUGUGCCUAUUGUUACUGUACUACUGAGUCACGUGACUGUAAUAUCAUUUGUUUUAUUUAUAUUUUCAUUUCUCUUCACUAUAAAUGGUAAGAUGCCGAUUUCA